GCUGCGAUUCCACUCCGCGGCCUGGGAGCCCGUCGCGCAGGAGUGCUGGCUGCCCCUCGGGCGCCGGCACCUGCUCGGCGCGGUGGGCGGCGUGGUCGAGCUGCAGCUGACGUUCCGGGAGCCCCGGGGCGCGAGCGGCGCCCCGCUCACCGCGCCGGUGCCGGGCGACGCAGGCUUUUCCGAGGAGCUUCGGCCUGGAUGCCGCGUCACGCUGCACGGCCUGGCCGUGUCCACCGAGCUCAACGGCGCGGAGGCCACCUGCGUCGAGUG